AUGGAGAGAAGGGGAUUCCAAGUCCGCCGGGUUCCAAAUCCGUUUGCUCAACACUCAGAGUCUGGAUUGUCUGUUUUCGUGAGAUUGUUUGUUUGUUCUUGGCGAGCGUUCCUCCCAUCCUCCCAGUGGGGACUGAGUCAUGAUAGCCACAUGUGCACUUGUUCGUUCUGUCCUCACCGGAAACCACCUGGAUAUUGCAGCAGUGUAGCGAGGGCCUCGUUUAACAGAACAUCACCAUCGCUUGUCUUUUAGGAGGUCCUUGGGUGGCUGCAAUUAAUCAGGGAUGAAGACGUUUUAAUCUGCAGGCGUGUUCAUCGGCCCCGGCCAAUGGCAGUAGUAUUUUUAUACAUUUGAAUAAAAGUUUUAUACGCUAUACAGAAAUAAUUCCAUAAUAGCACCUCAUAAACCGGUGCUGUAGUGGGCCUGUAAUGGAGUUCUGGACUCCUCAUGCCAUAGCACAUUGCAACAAUAAAUGUCUCUCCGAUUUUAUCUUCUAAUAAUAGGACUUGACGGGCGGCGGGGAGCAUAUGCCCUGUGUGUGUGUGCGUCAAUACUGGGGUGUAAAAACUAAUCGAAGUGGCAACGUUACUUUGUUCUGUCUGAAGAGUCUGUGCCUCUUUACAGUUGCCAAAGUGCACUCCAGCGUUGGUCACACUGACAGAAAACAAUACUGCCAUACUCGAAACCGUCUCCUGAGACGUUUUGAAAAGUUCUGCUGCUGGUGACAGAGAGAGGUGACGGACCAAAUGGCACCCGAUUCCCUACAUAGUGUACUUAUUUUGACCAAAGCCCUGGUCAAAAGUUGUGCACUAUAUAGGAAAUAGUGUGCCAUUUGGGACACAACCUGUGAUGAAAGCACUAGCUUGUUGAAGAGCGAGGCAGCAUAGAGAAAGGUAGCAUAGCUUAUUGAAGCUUAUCCAUUUGUACAGUACUGUCUGGAAAUGCCAAGGCUUUUGUAUUGUGUAGGCCUUUGUGUGUAGUAGAUGAGCACAGUGUGAGAUGAAAGUGUUCUUGUUUCUAAUGAAUGACACAUUUGUUCUGGUGACAUACAACAACAGGAGACGACUGAUGGUCUAGACAGACACAGCAACACUAUUGAAAUAGGUAUUGGAGUUGAACAGUUGCUUAGAUGGAUGGAAACAGCACAUCCUGUAAGCGAGGUGAUUAUGGGUAACUAUUGCAGAAAGAAACAUAAAAGAUAAAGAUGGUGGUAGAAUGAAGAUGACCUUUCUGUGUGUGUCUGUGACCUUGUACUGUUAAUCUGUUGUCUAUACUGUUGACUAAACAUGGCCCUACCUUUUGUUAGGCUUGGAUCUGUCUGCAGAAAAAUGCCAUUAGCAAAUACAGUCAGCUCCAAAAGUAUUGGGACAGUGACAAAUUUUUUGUUGAUUUGACUCUGUACUCCAGCACUUUGGAUUUGACAUGAUACGAUGACUAUGACUGUCAGCUUUAAUUUGAGGGUAUUUUCAAUCAUAUCGGGUGAACCGUUAAAAAAUUACAGCACCAUUUUAGGGGACCAAAACUAUUGGGACAAAUUCACUUAAAUGUGUAUUAAAGUAGCCCAAAGAAUUCUAACCUCCCAUGUUAUUGUAAUGGUGAGAGCUUAGCAUGUCUUAGGGAUAUGAUAUUUGUGUGUCUGUAACUUUUUGAGAGAGAGAGAGAGAGAGAGAGAGAGAGAGAGAGAGAGAGAGAGAGAGAGAGAGAGAGAGAGAGAGAGAGAGAGAGAGAGAGAGAGAGAGAGAGAGAGAGCGAGAGAGAGCGAGAGAGCGAGAGAGAGAGAGAGAGGAGAGAGAGAGAGAGAGAGAGAGAGAGCGUCGCCUCUCGAUCGAUGCGAUAUAGGAGCGCUAAUACUCCACGACGAGCGUAGAGGUUUCCUCACCGAAUCUUCCUACGUUGAGAGAGAUAGGUUUUCAGUAAUGUUCCAGUCAGUAGAGGGCACUCUUUCUUCUGGUCUGAAUCAUCCUCUGCUUCUCUCCUGCUGCUCGAGAUAGACAGCCUUGACAUCUGGCUGAGAGAGAGACCGAGGGAGGAGGGGGAAAACUUCCACAGCUUUCAUUUACCGUAGGGAAUUAAGUGUUGUAAUAGAGCAAUGGAAGAUGUGUAUGACUGAUACAACUGUUCCAUAUUUCAAACCUCAAGCUUUGAUCAGUUUGUGUAGCACUGGCGAGGCACAGCUGAGCAUACAUUUAAAUAAUUUGCAAAUAUUUUUUUAUUUUACUGGACUGAUGGUACCUGCAUCUGAUGGUCAUGGUGCUUUCAAGACAACUGGGAACUUGGGAUAAAAACAAGGUCAAAUCAUGACGUCAGUGAUCUUCAGGUUGGAAAGCCGGAGCUCUAGAAAGAUGCCUGAGUUUCCGACUUGGAAUUCCGAGUUGGAUGAUCGUUCAAAAUGAUUUUUCCCAGUCGGAUCUUGUUUUUUUCCUGAUUUCCCAGUUGCCUUGAACACAACAUUAGUCUCAGUAUAGGGAGAGAGAGCGCAGCAGAGGGUCCGCGAUUGGAAGUAGGGAGAAGUGCGUUUGAUGUUUUGUAAUAGUGUUAAAUAAAAACAGUGUUGACAGUGCUGAAUAAAAACUUAGAUAUGAACUCACUCAUAAAAACAGCAGCUUUUUGCUGUAUUCUUUGACAGUCUCUCUCUGGUCAUGGUUUUAAAAGUUAUGAAAUCUCACGUAGGCUAGUAUCAAACUUCCGGGGUCAUGGAAGCUGUAGGCACAGUGAUUUGACCUACCCGAUUGGCCAGCGCAGUAGGCACUAGAUUUAGCCACAGAUCUACCGGUCCGCCGGAUAAGUUUGUAUUUUCAGACAAAUGAAAUGGUUCAAAAUGGGAACACUUUGCCUACCCGGUACGCAGGGCUUCUGAAUCAAGUGCACCUACCGCCAACAGUGCAAAAAAAACUGCCUUUUGAUCAUACCUACAGCGUAAUUGUGCAAAAUGGUACGCAGCAUGAUCUGGAUAUGUGUGCAACAGAAGUUAAACAUUCACCUUCUGCUACCAUUUCUGUCAAGCCGCCUACGCAAACAAUUUGAUGCAUACGUUCGAUUUGUCCAACAUAUGCACCACACAGAACCCACUGGGACUGCUUCUGCAACGCAAUGCUGCAAGGCAAAUGCAGCGUUCCAUCUGGUGUACCUAAACACAAUGACGCUGUAGGUAGGUAUCGUUGGCUUUUCUACAGAAAUGUAGAACCGGUUGGUGACCACUGGUGUAGGGCCUCUAUGUUUCUGAAUAAAUAACCAUACUGUAGUUGAGGGGGAAGGAGGGGAAAAUGUAGGAUCUUAAUUUGGGCCAGUUUGCUACAGCAGGAAAUUAAUCCUGCAGCAACAGGGAAUGUGGAUUAUUAUGUGGAUUAUAAUUCAUGACUUUUGUUGUAGGGGUUGAUACAUUUUUCGUUAGUGCAAAUCAAGUCUGACAUUUUAAAGUGGAAAUUACAAACUUUAGAAGCCUUUUUAAACAUAGAAUAAACUACAACUUUGCAUUUCCUGCUGUGCAUUUCCUGCUGUUCUCAGCAACAAAAGAGUGAUCAAAUUAAGAUCCUACAUCAGUACACUGUUAGAGAAAAGGGUUCCAAAAGGGUUGGAGAACCCUUUUUGGUUCCUGGUAGAACCCUUAUGGUUUCCAUGUAGAGCCUUCUGUGGAAAGGAUUCUUCAUGGAACCCAAAAGGGUUCUACCUUGAACCAAAAAGGGUUCUUCAAAGGGUUCUCCUAUGGGGACAGCCGAAUAACCAUUUUAGGUUCUAGAUAGCACCUUUUUUCUAAGAGUGUACUAGCCUUAAAGGAAAAAAUGAUCAUUUCCCUUCUUCCUAUCGACCUGUGCCAUCAAACCUUUCUUUCCUCUUUUUUCAUGCUUCCCCCUUCUUUUUUUUUGAUUGGUUUCCUUUCCCCGGGAACAUGUCAACGGAUUCUCCAUCACUAAGAUAAGGGGGUAGGCAGCGGUACGGUGUGGAAUUGAUUCCUCAGGGACUUUUCACACCUAUAAGUAAGUCUGCACUAGGGCCAAUCUGAUCCCUUUUAUUCACAUUCUCUUCUGGACAUUUCUUCUCUGGCCAUAUACAGUAUGUUUAGAGAGCAAAUCGAUGGAAUAAAAAUGGCCACACAUCCGUUAGACUUUUUUUCUCUAUCGCUCUCCGUGCACCUAUUUGUUUGGGCUCCCAUUGAUUUCUGGGAAAUUUCCAUGGAAAGCGGGGGAAACUUUUGUAUAAAAAUGUGUCCGUCGGCAUUGCCGUGUUAAGUGUCACCGGACAGGAGUUGGCUGUGAAUGCCAGACUCUACCUGUGGCAGAAUGACUUGAAGGCGAGGAAAAAAGAAAGGAACAGGAAAGGAAUGAAAGGCCUGGGUGAUAAAUGAGGACAAGAACGUUCAUUUCUCUCCUCCGUUUCAAACGUAUCCUAAAGGUAGACUGACAGAAUUCUUGCUUCGAUUUCCCGGAUUAUAUUGGAUAUUUCUGUAUUUUCAAGUCAAUGCUUGAGGCAUGUCAUAUCACACACAAAUAUAGAAUAUGAAUAAAUGAUGACCUUAAGCUUGACACUCAAAAAAUAUAUUGCGAUUGUAAUCACUGAAUUUAAUGAUUACUGUAUUUGCCUGGUGGCUACAAAAAUGAAUUGGCCAGUUAAUGAGAGAAUACUGUAGGCUACAUCCAUUAUUUUGUGGAUCUUGCAGUAAAUGUGUUCCCAUUUAAACGGUUGCGUGCCAUCUGCAGUACACCAACACUCCUGCAGUAUUUACAGUAGGUCGUAUCCCCUUGUAGGGCUCUAAUAAGCAAUGUGAGCUGCCCUGGGGCAAGGCCUGUCUGUGUGCCAGCGCUAGAUGGAGGCCAGACGCUCGUGUCUCCUGUCUGCCCAGCUGUGACUGGGUGACGGCUAGGGAGCAGAGGGUGCAGGGGGGUUACGGAGGGGUGGGGGGGAUGGGGGUUAGAGGGGGAGCAGUGGAGGAAACAGAAGCUGUCACUAUCAGGAUUAAGCUACACUGACUAGAGCCUGACUCGCCGAGUCCCCAUGCUUUUUAUAUUGCAGUCAUUCUUUUAGUGUUGUAAGAUGUUGUGUAAUUACUCUAUGCUCCAUUAUCAAAUUGCUUAGGUGAUUGCUUUUCUUAUUUAGGGAUCUUUAGCAACAUUUUUUAUGAAUGGCUCGCUACAUAAAUAAAUCAAAUGUAUAUCUGUCUCUCACCAGACUCCACGGCCGCUGAACAUCAUCAAGCAGAACAACGGCGAGCAGAUCAUCCGCCGGCGCACGCGGAAGCGCCUCAACCCCGACCCUCUGCCCUCCGAACCCGUGGGCUCCAAGCAGCAGCGGGUCAACAGCGAGGAGCGCCUUAAUGGCAGUCCCCUGGAGCGUCGGCCAGGAGAGGAUGGGCCAGGCUCAGACGGAGGGCCCGUCCCUCGUGGAGUGGAGCCCCCGAACGCCCUGGGCAAGUACGAGGCCUACGGCUCCUCUGGGGCCAAGGGCCACCCCAGCCCCCGCUCCACCCAUGCCUUCCUGGUCAGCCAGACCCUAGAGAUCCACAAGCGUAUGCCUCCUUUGCACAUACAUAACAAGAACCCUGCGGAGGGAGGGGUGGAGGGGAACGGGGUGGUCUCAGCCGGGGUCCAUCACAUGGGCUCGGAGGGGAAAGGCGGCUCGGCCUCCGAGAGGGGUAGCCCCAUCGAGAAGUACAUGCGUCCUUCCAAACAGGCUAGCUACUCGCCGCCAGGCAGCCCCAUCGAGAAGUACCAGUACCCGUUCUUCAGCCUGCCCUUUAUCCACAAUGACCUGCAGAGCGAGGCCGACUGGCUGCGCUUCUGGACUAAGUAUAAGAUGUCUGUGCCGGGCAACCCACACUACCUAGGCCACAUGCCUGGUCUGCCCAACCCUUGCCAAAGCUUUGUGCCUUACCCCACCUUCAGCCUGCCCUCACACUUUCCUUCCCCGCCUCCCGCCGGCCCCGAGAGUGACAUCCCUCUCGACCUGGCCAUCAAACAUUCCAAACCGGCCCCCACCGCCAAUGGCUCCACUGCCGCUGCCAAGGAGAGGAUUAGCAGCACCGACAAACGGGCCUUGCCCAUGAUCCCGGUAGAGAAGGAGAAAGAGAAGGAGAGAGAGCAGCAGGAGAGAGAAGAGGAGAAGGAGGAAGUAGAAGAGGGGCCAUGGCCCCAGCCACCUCCCCCAGCCGUUGCAGCUAAGCCAGAGAGGGUGGACCAGAGCACGCAGGACGAGCUGACCAGUAAGUGCGUCCACUGUGGCAUCGUCUUCCUGGAUGAGGUGAUGUACGCCCUGCACAUGAGCUGCCACGCCGACGGAGGGCCCUUCCAGUGCAGCAUCUGCCUGCACGCCUGCGCAGACAAGUAUGACUUCACCACACACAUACAGCGAGGGCUUCACCGGCCCACCGACGAGGCUGAGACUAAGGCCGAUGCUCCAAUGGACUCUGUGUGA